AUGACUGAAAUAGAGAAAUUCUUCAUUGAACAUUCUCCUGAUUCUGAAGCGGUUCUUCAAAAAGUGAUCGAAUUGGGAAGAGACUUUUUGGGAGGAGAAUGGAAAGACACAGAUAAAUCGGAAGUUAAAGUAACCAGAAUUUUAGGUGGACAAUCUAAUCACAUGUUCCACGUGACGUCAUCCACUUCUGCCACACCAUAUCUUCUCAGAAUUCAUCGUCAACAACCAAGCCAAGUUUUUAUGGAUACUGUCAAUUUCGCCAUUUUCUCAGAGCGUGGUCUCGGUCCAAAACUGUAUGGCUUCUUCGAAGGAGGACGGAUGGAAGAAUACUUGCCAAGCAGAACAUUGAAUUUUGACGAUGUUCUGAAUCUUGAAAUUUCCCAAAAGAUUGGUACCGUAUUCCCUCCGUAUCAUGCCAUCAAAGUUCCAGUAUCCCAAAAUAGAAGAUGUAUUCAGUUGAUGAGAGAUUGGCUUGAUGGUUACAAAGCUCUGGGAGGUGGAGAUUAUGAAAUUCUGCCAACUACCGUAACUUAUUCUGAUCAUCCAAAAUGUGUAUCAGUGGACGAUUUGACAAAUGAGAUAAAUAUUUUUGAAAAGUUGUCCACCGAACUGUACGAGAAUACCUUGGUAUUCAGUCAUAACGAUUUGGCGAGUGGCAACAUUUUGGAACUCAACUCUACAAAGGAAUUGGUUCUCAUUGAUUGGGAAUUCGGUACUUAUAAUUGGAGAGGAUUCGAUUUGGCAAUGCAUUUGUCUGAGACUGCGAUAGACUUCCGUGUUCCAUUCCCUCCUGGAAUCAAGAUCAUUGAGAAUUUAACUGAAAAUCCUCCGAAUAUUCGUGUAUUCUGUGAAGCAUAUCUAGAUGCUGAUAAUAAGCUCAAGAACCAUAUUCCUUCCGAUAGAUCAUCUGAACUGGAGUCUCUAAUCCAGGAGUGUCUCUUCUUCUGGCCUCUCACUCAUUUAUUCUGGGCACUCUCUGCUAUGAAACAUGCACUUUUAAAAUUCGAAAACGGGGUGGAUUUAGAUGUUCAAGCACGGGAUAGAUUGGCAGUUUAUUUUCAUUUGAAACCAAGAUCUCAAAAAAUUUACGAAGAAUUGAGCAAGAAAGGAUAA